UUGGGAAUUAAAAUUUAAAUGAGUUUUUCAGGUUUUCAUUUCCACUGAAAUUUUCACUUGCUUUAAAGUCGUGACAGUUGAAAAUCUUAAAUUAAAAUUAUGAUUAAAAUUGAUUACAGUUCUUUUGAUUUAAUAUUUUCUUAACCCCCAAGCCUAAUGAUUUAUUUUUAUUCUCCGACAAACUGGCUUUGGUGUGUAUUGAAUUUCUAUUUGCGUAAGACGUGAGCAAAUAUUAGUAUAUAAAUUCUUAUCAAUAAAAACGAGGCUUUUCCCGCUAUUUAUUGGCUCUCCUGAGGAGAUGUCGGCGAUUACCUGAGAGAAGCUGUGUGGUUAUUAAUAAUGAUCUUAGUUACUCGCUUACCGUUGAGGCAACAGCACGAUGAAAAGUGCGUUCUCUGUCGAGAUUGUCCAGCUGGGAGCAGCUUUGCUGCUUCAAUCAGUCGUCUUUGUGACGUCCCAAGAUCCGGAUAUAGUAAAAACCUGCACCUCCUACAAGAGAAGCGUUUGGGAAGAGACGUCAGAGUUCAGCUUCCUGAUUGAGAAUGCGCCGAUUAUCUACAAGACCCUGGACAAAUGCACGAGCUAUGCACCCCUCAUAAUCGGAGGAGCUCCCGCCCUGCCCAAGGAGUUCCCGCACGCAGCCCGCCUGGGACAUCGAGAUGAUGAUAAUGGCGAAGUUGAGUGGUUCUGUGGAGGAACACUUAUCAGCAAUAGGCAUGUGCUAACGGCAGCCCAUUGCUUCUUUUCGUCGCAAGGCUCAGUGAAUAUCGUUCGCCUUGGGGAUCUGGAAUUCGACACAAGCAAUGACGACGCCGAUCCGGAGGACUUUACCGUGAAGGACUUUACACUGCACCCCGGAUAUAGUUACCCGGUGAUUUAUAACGACAUAGCUGUGGUGCGGUUGAGUAGGCCUGUGACCUUCAACGAGUACAAACAUCCUGCGUGCCUCCCCUUCGCCGACGGCCGAUCGGUGUCUGCCUUCAUAGCCAUCGGUUGGGGUCAGUUGGAGAUCGUUCCAAGGACCGAAAACAAAAAGCUGCAGAAGGUGAAGCUCUACAACUACAACACGCGUUGCACCAUCACCGCGGAUGAGAAUGAACAGCUUCCCUAUGGAUAUAAUGCCACCACACAGCUUUGCAUCGGAUCCAACGAACACAAGGACACCUGCAACGGCGACUCCGGAGGACCGGUACUCAUCUACCACAAAGACUUCCCAUGCAUGUAUCACGUGAUGGGAAUUACAUCCGUUGGAGUAGCCUGCGAUACUCCCGAUCUGCCUGCCAUGUACACAAGGGUCCAGUUUUACUUAGACUGGAUCAAACAGCAGUUGGCCAAGAAUUAGCAAAUCAUUAAUCAAACCAAUAAAUUAAGAAAAUUUAUUGACUUGCAUUACUUGUAUUUCGAUGACCAUUGU